AUGGUCCGCAAAGUUGGUGGUCCAGGGAACUACAUCGCCAUGGUUGUGGAUGACAAGACCCUUAAUGUUUUGUCUUCAUGUUGUAGCGUCUAUGACGUCCUCUACGAUGGGGUAACAAUUGUGGAGCUCAUUUCAAAGCAGCGCCAGCCACUGCCGGAGUUGAACGCGCUCUACUUUCUCUCACCCUCCGAAGAUUCAGUGCGGGCGCUUGUAGAAGACUUCAAGGAUGAGAAGAAGCCACAGUACCGCUCAGCUUAUGUGUACCUCACUUCCCGCAUUCCUGACUCCAGCAAGAUUAUCGCAACAUUAGCGGACUCUCCUACCUUGCUUCCUAGAAUAAGGUGCCUCGUUGAAUUCAACUUGAGUUUCAUUGCAUACGAACAGCGGGUUUUCCACUUCGGGAUGCCGAAUGCCUUACUUGAGCUGUUCCCUCUUCCUUCACCUUAUUUGCUCCAGAAAGUAGCAGACGACCUUGUCUCUUUUUGCAUCACUUCUGGGCAGAAGCCUGCAGUCCGCUACCACAGAAACCAGCUCCCAUGGUGCGAGCAGCUGGCGACACUUGUUCACAGAGGCCUGGAAGCGGAGGAAGUUGCGCAGUCGGACAGCCCAGCUACAACUCUCCUUAUUUUGGAUCGCUCGGUGGACCUGGCACCUCUCUUUAUUCACGAGUACACUUACCAGGCUCUGGCGUAUGACGUUUUGGACCUUCCAGUUUGCUGUCAUACGCCACCUAAGAAGGCUUCUCUCGAUACGCCAAUAAUCAUGGAGGACGUCUAUGAGUAUGAGGUGACAAACAAUAUGGGCUUGGUUGAAAGGAAGAAGGCAACGACCUCAGAGGACACCCUGCAGGCGAUUCGUUCUCUUCCGCAAUACCAGGAGGCGCUAUCUCGGUAUUGGACCCACGUCACGCUCAGUGAGAAGUGCUUUGACAAACUUCAAGAAUUGAAGAUAAUGACUGUUGGCGCUGUGGAGCAGGAUCUCUGCUGUGGGGUCGACAAAGAUGGGAAGGAGAUCAGCGCGUCAAAAUUGCUUGCUGCUGUUGGGUCAUUGGUUUCUGACGACACUAUCCAACCUGAUGAAAAACUUCGUCUGCUCCUGCUUGAGUUCACGCAAAUCCUUGGUUUGGAUCCUGCAGAUCGGGCUAAGUUGAACUUCACGCAGCUUCCUUGUCACGCGAACAAGCAUCGGUACGGUGCCUGUGUAGGAGUGCAGCAUAAUGUUUUCUCUCAUGAGAUGAGGAUGCUUGCCGCUGCACCAGUUUGCAACAUUGGUCAGCAUGCUAAUGCCUGUGUUCCUCCUAUUCACUUUUUGGAUGAGCAGUAA